CUUCGAUGAACGUUGAGCACAACCUUGUGAAUAUGUCCGUUUCAAAAUUACAUCGACUCGAAAAAGAAAAAAUGCAUGUGCAAGCAUGUAUAACUCCUUAUCAUUUCGAUUACAACAGUCAAUCUCUAUCAGCAGAACAGUUGGAAGAUCUCCGUCGCCAUAUUAACUUAAUAAAGAAGGUUCUUCAAUUAAUGCGCAAGGUAAAUUUGGAAUUGGAAAAAUCUCAAAGACAGAUGGAAAACCAGCUUGAAAUUUAUAAAAAUAGAAAACUUCCCUAAUGUUAUAAUUGUCAAAGCAAGUCAGCUUAAACGAUCUCUUAGUGAGGACAGCGUUUAUGUCUUUAGCUUUAUUUUAAAGUUGAUAAUAUAGUGAAUUAGGUGGAAAGAAUUCAAUAAAUAUUAUUUUCAAACUUCGUAUGAACUUCAAAAUCAGCCGAAGUAUAUAUCAUAUAGUUCCAUGAUGAGAAAAAUGAAAAUUGAUCGAAGCUAAAUUAGUCUUGUAUGGAAAAUUUUAUGGAAUUUCAUUUACGAUGUGCUUUUUCAAAAUUAUAAGAUGCGGUAAAGCUACGGACGUACCUACCUUUGCAUUUUUUCUAAGAGUACAAGUCAACAUUAUUUCUGCUUAUUCUCUUAGUUCUGACAGUAGACAUUAAGUUGUUUAUUAUUAAUGCAAGUGUGAGCAACUAAUUGACUGGAAGUAACAAAAUGUUGAUUUGUUCAUUUUUUUUUAGUGUAGAAUUAAAAAUAUUUACGUUGCACGAUACAUGGUAGAGAAUUGAAUUUUUUGCAAGUUUAUGUGAAUUCUAGAUUUAAGUUUCUUAUUUUUUUGCUUGUGACAUAAUUAUGUUUUAUUUGUAUUUUAUAUAAGUAGUCGUCAAAAUCUUUGCUAUUAUUGAAUAAAAAAAAUAGCAUAUUUACACUAAAAACAGGAUUUAUAUAUAGUUGAUACGUAUGUUUAUAGUUAUAAUUCUAUAUUUACUAUUAGUAAAUCUUAGUUUAAUUAAACAUGAAUUUUUUAGUAUACUAAAAAUAGAAAAGAGAUUGAUUAAUCAGUAAUUAGUGUUAUUUAAUUUCAUACAGCAUUUUUCCAAUGUAGAUGCAUGUUCUAUUAUGAAUGUAGUUCUCAUCAAUUUAUUUUCUUUGUAGAGUUAAGUUUAUCGCGCUGGGAAUUGCAAUUAGAUAUAUUCCAAAUGGUCUCAUUUUUUAAAAACAAUCUAGAUAGGUAAUUAAAAUAAGAUUGUAUAUUAUGUAGUUUGUAUUUUUGCUUGGUAGUAGCUUUCGUAGAUGUAACAAAUAAAGUUAAGGCUUGGGUCA